CCAGUUUGUGGCCCGUAUCAGCUACCAUGAAUACGGCGCAGUUCACAAUCUUGAUUCGGCUUCCGUUCGUUCGUGGUAGUUUUGUUGAUCCUCCUCAGGCGGACUGGAGCGCCGCAAAGGAUCGUGCCUUGUGGAAGGUAAUUUCCAAAACAUCUAAAACAAGUGAUCUAGACUGGGGAGAACUCGCGAACCGCUUCCAAGUCCCUCCUACUUUCAUCCUCCAGCAAGCAGCCUGGCUGUAUGAAAGACACCUUGACCAUGUCCGCGCCCAAAUGAAGAAAGUAGGGACUACAAAUACUUCUACAACACCCGGUGUUGGUGGCAGUCACGCAACCAUCGGCAGUGUGCCAAUGAGGAGAGCCGGAAGUGGGAGUUCUGGAGCUGUCUCUCGCACACCUUCUGCGAUGUCUAUACGCCAUAAAGACAGCCCUGUCCUCCGAGGGGACUCUGGUGCUCCGGCUCCGUCGCUCUCCCGCACGCCUUCAACAAACACAAUCACCCAAUCUAGGGCUCAAUUUCAACAGGCUCAGCAACCUCAUAUUCGACUUGCGCUACAGCCUUCGGCUCGAGUCGGGCUGAGUGACCAAAGACCGUCUACUCAGGCGGCACGGUCUUCAAGCAUAGAAGUCGAGAAAGAACGAGCAGGUCUAGAAGAUCCAGGAAUUAUCGAAUCAACUUCUCCUAGUUCUUCUGGAUCCGAGUCUGGCUCUGAGGACCCGAUUCACCGGAGCCAACUAUUUAAAAGGCCGCCGCGAUUUAGGGCACAAAGACCUCGAGAACACCUUGCUCCUGUAAAUGAGCCCUAUGAAGGGGACGAGAUAGAGCCAAGCGUAAAUGUAUCGCUUCCAUUUGCUAAUGUUACGAGUAGUAGAACCAACACUUCUGAGAAUGCUUUCAAGGAUGUGUUGAACCCUCCAUUAUUCGGGCGUCUUCGCCCAACCUUGUCUUCAACUGCGCAAGUCUCCAGUAAGGCAACAGGUCUGAAGUCAGGACAACCAACGAAAGGGCCGUCCGCAUCAGGAAAAGAGAAGACUUCCGAUGCGAGCUCAUCUAUAGCAAGCUCCACAAGCGAUGCCCCAAAAUCUUCUAUGACAAACUCCGGGCCCUUAAGUCCGAAGCACCGUAUGGAGUUGGCUAGACUCAGCCCCAAGAAGCGUGGGUUGAAGGGAAGAAGGGAGGGAAGUGAAGGUACACCGAGCAUGGGGAGUAGUUUCAGCGACAUUGACGACGCCAGUAUGUCCCAGUCGGCAUUGGAGGAGGCACUGCUCAGUAACAUCCAGCAUGGACGGAUGAGCACACUUAGUCAGCUACGGUCGAGGUAUCUGUGAAUCUUCUAGUAGAGUUGUGUUCGUUUGAGUGUAAUUAUAGAAGAUGGAGUGGGAACUAUCGACAUGCUAUUUGGCGAGCUUCCUUUGAGUUGGCAAGGUGCAUAACGCUUCUAGCCGCAAAUGAUUCCAAA